AUGUCACUCACCAGUCCAAAUUUUACCGGUGUUGCUGCUACAUUCUUCUCCUCCAACAUUCAUCGUUUAGAAUCGGCCACCGGCUGUUUUGUGUGCCUUCAGUGCGGCGCGAGUGAGUGGAAAGGUUCAUGGAACCCUGACCACUUUAUCGCUCACAUAAACAAUGCCCAUCGGACCCUCGAGUCGUUUUCUUGUAUAUUUUGUGGUUUGGAUUGGCCCAGGGACUGCUUCGUCGCCCAUGUAUCAGGGCAUUUUGCAGUUGGUGGUGUCCGGCCAGCCCAGCUUUAUUCUUGCCCUGCAUUAAAACAUUCCUCCCUAUGCUCUUUUCAAACGAACAGCAUCCAGUGUCUCAGGUUGCAUCUCUCUUCCGCUCAUCGCGGCGAGGAGAUGCUCUACAAGUGUGUUCAUUGCUCAAAACAGGACACAACUCUUGAAUCAUGGAUCUCCCAUGUGACGGCGCACGCAUUUCGACUCUCCCAUUGUAUGGCCGACGGGUGUAGCGUCAAGUCACCGUCCAAGCAACUUAUGAUCAACCAUGCCAAACGCAAACAUGGCCCUAAUUAUGUGGGGUUAGUGCGUGAAAGCGUUGAGUUCAUCUGCAGCCACAACGGCAUCGUGCCCCUUUUCUUGCGCGCUUUCCUAUUUGGAAGUCCUACGUCAGCGCAGCCUCCAAGUCCGCCCAAGACCCCACCUGCCCUGCCUCCUGUUCCAUUGAAGUCCUCUACCAGUCUACCCACUGUUGGCUUGAGGAACGGCCAACCCUGUACACCCCUGUGUCUUCGAUGUCCCAAAUGCCAGAUGGCAACAGCGAGCUGGUCGCGAUUUCACAACCACGUAACCCUCUGUGAUGAGGGUGCGUUUGCUUUUAAUCUCUAUUGGUGUCCCCGCUGCUCCACUGUCUCAACUGAAAAAAGCCUUGUCGAGGAGCAUGUACAGACAGCACAUGAUAUAACGAGUAUUCUUUAUCAGUUGGCUAUUUGUCCCGCACCAGUUGCUUCCUCCUGGCUAAAAAAUACCGUCCAGUUGGGCACUGAAGGGCUUGCUGCUGAAUCGCUAGAAGCGCUGCAGGCGACCAAUGAACACGCCUACGUCUCGAAAGCCGCCAACUCGCCAUUCCUUGCACGGAGAACUUGCACGCUUACGCGCGGUUGUGUGUGUCAUUUCAAGCGAUGGCCGAAGAUGAUGAUCUUCUUUCUCUCCUCCCCUCAUCCUAACGAAUGUGAUACCAUCGUCUCCCUCUUUUCUCCUUUCCCCUUCCUUCCACCCACCACCACUCAUUCAGUGGUCCCAGUUAUACACGAGAAAUUCGAGCAGGCUUCUACAACUCUUGAGGAUUCGGCUGCUUGUGAGAAGCCUUCGGAAGCCGUUGCUGCUACUGUCGAUAUUUUAGAUCCACUUGUACCUCCAACUACAACACCCGCCAAUGUCUUUUCGGCUUUCUCCAACCUCCUUCCUCCACCACCCCCUCCAAUACAAUCCGACACUUCCACUACUAUUUCUCCGUUAGUCAAGACGGUAAUUUCCAGCCCGAAAUCCUCUGGUCCGGACAACCCCAUUUUCGCUGGCAAUCCCUUUCUUAAUCCCACAAACUUUACUGCAGUUGCCGCCAUGGCCGCAGCUCUUACUGGUCUUGCUAUGAACAACCCACAACCCCCACUAGCUCCUCCGGUCGAUGAUACAAACGAUGAUGAAGUUGGGGAAACCGGAACAGAUACUGAGGCUCAUUCUAACGGUAUCGACGAGGCCCCAAACACUCCAGCUUCUUCUACGAAUACCGCUGAUGAAUCCACUCGUACUGGACGAACGGGUGAAGAGGAGCUAGUCUCGUUUCCGUUUGAUGAAACUCAAUUUCGCAAAGAGAUGGGUACCCAACUUUCAUCGGAGGUUAUUAGUCAGCUGGCUGAAAAGAUGCAUCGAUUUUCUUCCUAUGUGAUUAAAAUCUUGGGGAAGGAGAACCACCGUCGCGUUCCACAGUGCCCUGAGUGUGAUCGGGUUUUUUCAUACGGGCUGCCAGAUUUCAAGCGGCACUUGUUAGCUAUCCAUUUAGGAGCACCAAGGGAGCACCUAAAGGACCUCUUAAGGUUCGUACGUUUUCCUAAAAUGGAGGUUGCCCUCUCGGAUAAGCAGGAGCAGGCGGCGAUGCGACAGAUGCGUCCGAAAGAGAUUGAACCCGGCGUGCGGAAAAUUCCUCUUCCUUAUUCCAUUACAAUUCUACGACGGCUGACUGAAGGUCUUGCCGAGAACAUCCGCGAUUACAUUGCCACGAAGAUGCGUACAUACAGCCAAAUGUCGGCCAUUUAUGAGCUCAAGGGGGGCCUCAAGCGAUAUAGGUGUGGCCAUUGUUCAUAUUCCUCACCUCACGCUCUAGCGGACGUUAGAAAACACAUAUUGGGCUCUCAUUGUGGGAUUUCUACUAAACACUUUCGAUUCUGCUUGCAGGCUUCCCGUCUCGAUCAUGUCGACUUUUGUCUAUUGUCUGACGAGAAGCUUUCCCGAUUAGCUCAGGAAUUUCUCACUCGGCGACAGGCGGAAUCAGCAGAGAGUGAAGCUAGCAGUAGCGGAACCAGUAUCAAGCGGCCUCUGAGUCGCACACCGUCUCCAGAAGCUUCCACAGCCAAUUCGCUAGGACCGGACGAGAAUGGAGUUUCGCGAUUCACAACAGUGAUCCCAGGCUCUAAAAACCCCGUGAAGGUCCGUAUUAGGGGUCCUGUUCCUCCCGGAGACAAUGCAACUUCUCCCCCUUCUAACUCCUUAAUGAGUACCCCUAAUUUAUCCAACAGCGCAUUGCUUGAACUUUCAGAUCUUCCCAAAAUACCGGGACUGGAAGGCGCCAACCAGAUUUUGGAUCUUCCCUUACCAUAUUCCGAAUCCGUGCUACGCCAAUUACUGGAAAAUGCGGGCGCUCUUCCACACCAAAUAGAAGAAAUGUGCACCAAAAUGCAGGUUUACAGUUCCAACACAAUGACCCGCAUUUGUCAGGGUGAUCGGACGCUGGCUUUUCGAUGUUCAUGUGGCCGUCUUUUUGUCACCACACGUCAACCUGAUAGUAAAAUGCGCGCGGCUACCUUAGCGGACAGCCGACGUCACGUAAUGGGUGUACACGCGCGAAUUCCACAUGAGUACAUCACAAUCUGUUGUCAGGCCUCACGCAUCAGCCGAGAAAACGGUUUCCAACUUUAUCCUGAUGAGAUGCUCCAUCGACUUGCUAUGGAUCGACCCAUUAAACUCAACAGUCCCGACUCACUUUCCACAGCUCAUGUACAUCGCUCUCCCUCCAAAAGCAGUAUUUCAAAAUUGGGAUCUCUCCCUCCUUUGCGACCACUGGCGGAUCUCUCUGGAGAAAACUCCGAGGAUGAGAAGCCUAUAAUUAACAGCCGACUAAGCCUUCCUGCUGCAUUCCAUCCAUUAUCUGAUUCAGCUUCCAACGGAGGUGGUGGAGGUGUCGAUGAAAUCGAUGAAAGUGUUGAUCCUGAACCGAUAGACACAUCGGCUGUUCUUGCCUGUCUCAAUGAGCAAUCACCAAAGGAGAUUGAGCGGAUCAUAGAUCUGCCGUAUUCCAAGACCGCUCUGCAAGUUCUUGUUCGGGGUUACUGUCCACCUAGUUACUUUGGUAUACUCCUUAACAAGAUGCAGGUGUACACAGCAUAUAAAGUGUUUGUCACACGUCGUAGAGGUAGACGGUUCUUCUGUUGUUCUGGGUGCAACUCAGUCUCCCCUCAUGGAAUGGGUGAUAUCAGAAAGCAUAUUCUCGGCGUGCAUGCGAAGGUCCCGGAACGUUAUAAGGCUGCUGCAAUGCAUUGUUCGCGCCUUAGUCGGGAAGACAAUAGCCUUUUGGCUGACCGAAGUCUGCUUCAGUUGGCGAAAAUGAAGUGGAAAGGCACUGUUAUUAAGCCCCUUGCGGAGAUCAGCAUUGCAGGAGGCUUCAAUGGUCCAUCGAUUAAGACUGAAGAUUUAUCCACCGCCACCCCGAUCUCGCGUCAUCUACGAAACUCUGUGAAUCGAGUUCCUGAGGACACCCCGAUGGUGGUCAUUUCAGCGACGCCAUUCGCCUCCGGGGAACUUUUUUCCUGCUCUGCUUGCACUACUGCGUCAACGGACUGUGCGGCAAUGCGUUCGCACGUUGCAAGGGAACACCUAGGUGCGCGGGCCUAUGAAUGCCCACAAUGUUCUGAAAUAUUCAAUCUCUCUGCCGACCUCAUAAACCAUUGCACAACCGCCCACCUUGAAUGCACCCCUGUUAUCCCCCCACUUGUCCUGCCGCCCUCCUAUCGCGAGGUCAUGUCUUCGGUGGUGGUCAGUCAUGAAGACGAACCUCUUUCCCCUACGGUUGCAGCCAACAAGGAAACCGUUGCGAUGGAAGACGAUGAGAUGGGCAAACUCUGGGAUUGCCUCACUAACAGCAACACGGACGUCUCUCCAUUCCCCUCCCCUCCCGUUGCCUCGAACGGGGUCGUGACUUCGUCCCCCGCCGUCUUUCCAACCCCGCUCCCCGUGGGCAGUGAGCAAAACGAGAGCAAACCGGCGUCUAACGGGGUCGGGUCGAGUCGAAGAAAACCAUGUAAAGCGAACCUUGUUCAAUUUAAGCAACCAAAGACAUCUGUUGAGGGUGGUGCAGAGGAGGCGAUUCCGCAGUACUACUCCAGCGACAACGGCGAGGCUGUUAGUAUCACCAAAAGGGCUCGACUGGAAGGAGUUGUGGAGACAGUCGACUUUUAG